CUCCAUCAAACCCCACCCACACAAUCAAUCAAUCCCCAGACCCACCUCAUACCAUGUUGCCUCCCACCGCCCCUCCUGCCCCCUCGACUCUCAGCACACAAUAAACCCACCAUUUAUUCAUUCUCGAAGCUCAAGCAAAACCCUCCCAACAAGAACCCCCACAAAAACAAAACAAAAAAAAUGCCCCGUAAUCGUACUUUUAGGCGAGCAGCAAUAGACUAAAGUUUGGGUUUUCAGUCUUUCAGAUUGUCGCAGUGUUUUCAUCAGUGUACUUGAAGAAAAAAGUCGUUCCGUCUGUCUAUCCUUCCAUGUUUGGGUGAACCCUAGAUCUGCUUCUUACUAGCUUUUUUCAACAAGCACUUCAUCUAUAUGCGUAACAUGGGCUGUUCCGCCGAUGUUCCGUGGGAAGUGAAGAAGGUAGAGUACGUAAUAGCUGCAAAGAAUUCAGGUCUGUAUUUGUAGAACAAAAGUUAGUGAGCUGUGAGAAGGGAAGAUGAGUGGAACUGCAUCAACAUCAGUGACUGUAGGGGUGGGGAUGGGGGCGGGGAGUGGGGUGGAGGUGGGGUAUGGGAUGUAUAAGCCCCCCUUCACUGCAGUGCAAUGGCAGGAGCUUGAGCAUCAAGCCAUGAUAUACAAGUACCUCGUCGCCGGCGUGCCGGUGCCGCCGGACCUGGUGGUGCCUAUUCGCCGCAGCUUUGAGGCCAUAUCUUCCCGAUACUUCCAUCAUCCUUCAUUGGGAUAUUGUUCAUACUACGGGAAGAAAUUUGAUCCUGAGCCGGGGAGAUGUCGUAGGACUGAUGGGAAGAAGUGGAGGUGCUCCAAAGAUGCGCAUCCCGACUCCAAAUAUUGCGAGCGGCACAUGCACCGCGGUCGCAACCGUUCAAGAAAGCCUGUGGAAUCCCAACCUACUUCGCAGCCUUUGCCGGCUGCGAAGUCGCAGAUGUCUACUGGAUGUGCGAGUAAUGUUGGAAACUUCCAAGGUGGUGGUUCUGGAAGCUUCCAGAACAUGCCAUUGUAUAUGAAUGUUGGCUCGGAAGGAUCGUCGUUUGGGAGCAAUGCGACGAAGCUGCAAGUGGAGCCCAUCUCUUAUGGGAUUGACAACAAGGAAUUCAGGUACGUCCACGGACAAACUCCGGACAACAGCGAACACCGUUUCUCUCCGGAAGCUUCCGGAAGUGCCGGGAAUCUCGGUUUAGGCUCCAGCUCCGGUACCUGGCGACUCAUCCCAUCUCAAGUCAAUUCAACCUCGAUGCUAAAACACAAAGCCGAACCCCACAUGAUGGGCCCCACCGCAAGCACGACCUGCACAUUCGAUGCUAUCGGCAGUGCCGUGUCGAAACAGCAGAUGCAUCAGCACUGCUUUUUGGGGAGCAAUCCCGGCGGUCCAUCAGAUCCCAUAAAGCAAGAACAGCAGCAUCCCAUCCACCCUUUCUUCAGCGAAUGGCCCACCACUAGAGAGUCAUGGUCCGCUCUCGACGACGACAACAACCGAUCCAACGCCAACGUGUUCUCCUCUACUCAGCUCUCCAUCUCAAUCCCGAGGGCGUCGUCGAAUUUUUCCUCCGGAAGUGCUUUUUCGCCAAACGAUGCAUGAAGUGAGAGAUAUGAGCGAUUGCCGGAAACCCGAUCGGGUGUAUCGACGCUUAGUUUUAUGUCAUCGAUGCUGCGGUUAGGCGAAUGAACUCUUUGUGUUGUAAAGAGCCAUGGACUGUUUUCGAUCGAUGUAAAAUCGAUCCAAGUGUUGAAUAAAAAUUGAGUACUGUGAGACCAAAUCAAGAUCGGAGACACUAUUAGUGUAAUAGUGAUGCGUUGAUAACUUAGUUUCAAUUUUGGAGCAAAUUUCUGUCGUUUGUUUCUUU